AUGAAUGCCAUUGCGUCUGCUAAGCACAAAUCAUUGGCAAGAUCUAAUAUAGACUCGUCUGCUGCAGACAUGGACAAAGUAUCCGCCCCAUUGGCGGUACUAGAAAAGCUCAAGACAUUGGAUAUCCACUUGCAAUCUUAUCGACAGAGUGUCGAAUCGCAUCAGAACUUGGUUUUGCAGGUUCAAGCUAUGAAACAAGACUUGGAUAAUCGAAACAAGAGUGUAUUAAUGAAAAUGAAACGACUGCAUCAAGCUCAUGAAGGUCUUGAUUCUGUUUUAGCCAAUGCUCGCUAUAAGCAAAAGUUGAUGCACAAGGCCAAUCAAGGAUCGAUUGAUUUUAAUGAGUUGUUGUCGUAUGCUCAACGAGUAUCAAAGCAUACCAUGUCACCUAUUAACCCCAAUACGUGGGUCAUUGAACCUCCAAUUCCACAAGACAGUCAUAUGCGCAUGAGUCUUUUGUUUCGACAAGAUCAAUUGCUUACCGAAAAGACGGUUCAAGAUGACGCAAGCAAUGCUGGAGAUCAUACAAUGGACUUGGAUUUGUUGAGCCACGAUUUGCCCGAAUCUAGUGAUCAUGAUGCUAUGCAUGCUGAAACACUAUUGGAUCUAGACUUUGAAUGA